AUAUUAGUCGAAGAAAGUCAGCUGCAGUGAGUCAGUGUCUGCUCGGUGUGUUGUAUAUAGUGCAUUUUAUUUUGUCGUCGUUUGGUAGUUCAUAACAAUUAUUUGCUACAAAGCGAUCGAUUUGUUUUUCGGAGUUUAACGUUACACGAUCUACGCGGUGGUGAAAAUCGUGCGAUUAAAAAAAGUAAAAUAUCUAUAACUGCUUGCCUUCGAGCAUAAUACAGCAAUAAGGUCGUUGGAAGACUGUGUAUUUUUAAUUUUUUCUGACCGUCCAAUAGUCGACAUGUCAAGCAACGAGGAAAAAGCAAUGGCCCUGUUAACCGAAGCGGAUAAGAAACUCAACUCGUCAAAAGGAUUGUUUUCUUCGUUAUUUGGGAAUGUUUCUAAGGUAGAAGAUGCAAUUGAUUGUUACCAACGUGCUGCAAAUUUAUUUAAGAUGGCGAAAAAGUGGUCACAAGCUGGUAGAGCAUUUAUUUUAGCUGCUGAUCUCAAUGCUAAAUCGGGCCGUAAACAUGAUGCUGCCACAAAUUAUGUAGACUCUGCUAACUGCUUUAAAAAAACUGAUCCAAACGAAGCCGCAAUGUGUUUGGAAAAAGCUAUUGACAUCUAUACAGAUAUGGGUCGUUUUACAAUGGCUGCGAAACAACAUCAAAAUAUAGCUGAAAUGUAUGAGACUGAAGCUGUUGAUCUAGAACGUGCUAUAACCAAUUAUGAAAAAGCCUCAGAUUAUUUUAUGGCUGAAGAAAGUAAGAGUUCAGCUAACAAAUGCAAACUUAAGGUGGCACAGUAUGCUGCUCAACUGGAAGACUAUGAUCGAGCCAUUCAGAUAUAUGAAGAGGUUGCUGGAACUUCAUUGGACAGUUCUUUGUUGAAAUACAGCGCAAAAGAAUAUUAUUUCCGAGCGGCUUUAUGUCAUUUGUGUGUUGAUGUGCUUAAUGCUCAACUGGCUAUGAAUCAAUACAUUGAACGAUACCCGGCAUUCCAAGAUAGCCGAGAAUACAAAUUAUUACAGGUGUUGUUAAAUCACAUUCAAGAGCAAAAUGCUGAUGGAUUCACUGAAGCUGUUAAAGAUUACGAUUCCAUAUCACGGUUGGACCAAUGGUACACAACAAUAUUACUACGCAUUAAGAAACUGGUGAAUGAUACUCCUGAUUUGCGUUAGUUUUGUUUAUGAAUAAGUACAUAAUUUUAAAUUCCUUAUUUUUUAAAUCAACUCUCAUAAAAAAUAACAAAAAAAAAACGUGUAU